AUGCAGAAUCGUAUUGAUCGACUAGAAAGCGUGGUACUCUCGUUGAUGACGAAUAGCGCCCAACACCCUGGAUCUGGUCCGGGUAAUGAAGCUGUCCCUGGAAGAGUAGACGGCAUAGCACCGCAGCACUCCUCACCAGAUGCUGCAAACGAUCGUAGAAAUGAAGAAAGUGACACGGAGCAAGUCACUAAGUCAUUUGGGAUAAUGAAAGUUGACGCUCAAAAUCAAAAGUCGUACUAUAUAAGUGAAGCUCAUUGGACCUCCAUUCUUAAUGAUAUAGCAGAGGUUAGGAACUUCUGGGCGAGCCAUAAAAAGCAAAUCGAUGAGCAAAUGGAGAAGGUCCGGGCAGCAAACCGUGACCAUGACUUGUCUAGUUCUGCUCUAAUAUUUGGCACCAUGAAAUCUUCAACUAAGGCAGAACUACUGGCGUUAUUUCCCUCCAAAUAUACAGCUGAUAUCUUAGUUGCUCGUUAUUUCAACACACUUGACCCAUCAAUAUAUCUUAUUCACACACAAACUUUUCAAAAACAGUAUGCGAAGCACUGGCAGGACCCAUCAAAGACUAGUAUAGUCUGGAUAGGGAUGCUCUUCGCUAUGAUGCGACUAGCAAUUCUAUCAUAUCAUCGAGACGAUGAUGCACCAACAGAGUUUCGUGGAAAAUGUUUAGAUACUGCUAGUUCAUACAGAUCUUCCAUGGCACAAUGUUUGGUUUUUGUAGAUUUUACAAAACCACAUACAUACGUUCUUGAAACAUUGAUCCUUCAUCUCCAAGGCGAGUAUUCGCAGAGUCACGAUGCCCAAGUAUCCCUUUGGGUUUUGGUUGGUAUAAUAGUUCGUUUAGCGAUGCGUAUGGGCUAUCAUCGAGAUUCAAAAAUGUUCUCUAAUGUUUCCAUAUACCAUGGUGAAAUGCGCCGCCGGCUUUGGAGUUUCAUCCGAUGUGCAGAUCUUUUAUUUUCUUUUCAGGUCGGUUUACCGAGUAUGAUCCGUUCGGGCGAUAGCGACACUGAUUGUCCGCGAAGUCUAUACGACGAUGACUUUGAUGAAGAUAGUAUUGAGCUACCUCCUGAGCGCCCUUUCAAUGAACCAACGCCGAUAUCAUAUCUUAUUGUCAAAUAUCGUCUUACACUGGCGUUUGGUCGCGUUUUAGAAUGUUCCCAAAAGAUAAACGGCACAACCUAUGAGGAACUGAUGGAAAUCGAUAAUUCUCUACGUCAAGCCCGUGAGAUAGUACCGAAACACUUACGAAUUCGCCCACUCUCCGAAUGUGAUAAUGAUCCAGCAGAUUUAGUUGUGAAAAGGUUUGGGAUUAUGAGCAUCUACCACAAAGCCCAAUGUGUUCUCCACAGGCCCUUUCUCCAUCGCGCGCGCAAAAACCCGCGUUAUUCUUAUUCUCGUCGUGCAUGUGUUGAUAGUUCUAUGGAGCUUCUCAACUUUCAGCUUAUACUGCACAACGCUUCAGGCCCGGGCGGGAAACUGAGGCAUAGACCUUGGUACUCAGGCUCAUUCAAUUUCCAUGAUUUUUUGAUGGCCAGUACAAUAAUAGCACUAGACCUCCACCAUGAUUAUCAAUCCCAGAGCUCGAAUCAGACUCAAACUAUCUGGGAUGCUCAUCGGCAGCAGGAAAUGCUUACUGCUCUUCAGCGGACCAGAGACAUCUGGGAUGAAUUGAAAGACAGUUCGAUGGAUGCAUGGAAAGGUACAGUUGUUUUGGGGUUGCUAUUAGAGAAGCUCAAUCACAGCCCCCAAAAGCGCAUCAUACCUGAUACGAAAUUGGUGUUUGAUGCACAAGAUGAAAAGCAGAGUGCUGCUAUGACUUUAGGGCUGCUGAGUAGUGGCAUGACUCCUCGAAGACUGACAAGCCCACCACAACUUCCAAAAACCAUUUCAGGGCUGGACCAGACCCAGCAGGACAGUAUGGAAAAUAUCGAUCAAUUAUCAAGCACCACAUUAGGAAUGCUUGGGCAAAUGCCAGAUAUGCAGCCAUUCAAUCUGGACUGGGAAGCAUGGGACGCCUAUAUUCAAUCAGCUUCGUUUGAUCCAGGCUGGGUUGGAUUGGAUUCUGAGCAGCCACCUCUUUCACAAGGCCCUGUGCUAGCCAACAGGAUGGAAAAUGAUCAGUCCUCUUGA